AGCACUUGGCUUGUGAAAAAUGCAAAGCAAUUGCUCGAUUCAAAUCGGCACCUUUUACCUCCAUCAUAAAAGGACCACACUUACUCGGUGCCCAAGAGACACCCAAACGGCCAAACCAUUUCUUAGAGCGGGAGCAGGGUAGUUCCAUACUCCAGUUUGCGAUAGCUGAGAGGCAGAGCGAAAGAAGAUGACUUCUUUACCUCAGCCCACGGUGUACUACCCCACCUCCGCCAACUCCGUCAUGCACGCGCAGCCGGCCACCGCCGCGUCCAAGGGCUCGUUCGGCCCGGUCUUCGCCGUGCUCGCAGUGAUCUCCUUCCUCGCCGUCGCCGCCUGUGUCGUCGGGCGGUUGUGCGGCCGCCGGCUCUCCAAGAAGUCCGCCGAUCAGGACUUCUACGGCUCCAACUCCGUCGGCGGCGACCUGGAGAAGGGCUUCGAGAUCAAGUACCCGGCGAUGAAGCCCGUGGCGAGCUCCCGCGCCGUGAUCCAUGACAUCGACGACGGCUUCGAGAUCAAGUUCGCGCCAGGGAAACCUGCAGCAUGGAAGAACGACAGCAAGGCUGACAACAAAGGGCAACAUCAUCAACCCCAGCUCGGCAUGCCGAAAGGCUACGCCGUGCCGAAAGAGUACGCAGGUUUUAGAUAUCCUGCAGAUGCUGUGGUCAGGCAGGGGCAAAUAAGGGGCGGUGUAUUCAUUCCUGCAAAGCCUAGUACAUGAUCAUAUAAGAAGCUUAGGUUCACAACUCGAUUGGUGUAUCGCAUAUGAUACGAUCUCUCGUCGUCCCUGGGCAAUAGCGUGUUCAUCUUCACUCUAGUUUCGGGGCGGUGUGUGCAAAGCUUGUACUACUAGUUCCAGGCACUCCAUAUUGUAUUUUGUACAUUAACCCAUUAAGCAGUGAAGAAUAUCUCAUU